AUGCCCAAUCGCAACUCCAAACCAAAAACCAACCCCCUCAUAUCCCCCGCAACACCAAUAGCUCUCCAACCCUACCACCUCCUCUCCCCGCCCGCAGACCUCCUAGCAAACACCGCAACAAUCCUAACAAUAACCCCGACUCAAGACACCAGUCCCCCCUCCACAGCCCACCCCAAAGCCCCCGCCUCCGCCUCCGCCUUCACCAUCCACCGCAUCCGCGCCCACGAAACCCCAGACAGCCCCAACCGCGCCGUCCUCCUCUACACCGUGUACGACAAACCAUGGCCAAACAUGACGCGCACAGUCUGCGACGCCGAGGACGUGCCGGUGCUCGUCUUGCGACGGGCGUGGCUGCCGAUCCGGAAAUGGGUGGCCCGACUCCCUGAUCAGCAGGCGGAAUUAAUGGUUGCUUCGACGCCAUGGGUGACGGAUGGGCCCGGGUCGAGGAUUGGGGUUGGUGGGGGGUUUAGGCUUGAUGUGCGGUUUGUGAAUGCGCUUGCGUCGGUGGUUAGGGAGAGGCGUGAAGGGAGUGGGGGUGGAUUGGCGGUGUCGGAUGACGAGCCACCGCCUUAUAGUGCUGUUUCUUAUAGCGCUGUUUCUGGGGUUGGGGGUGAAGAAGGGGGUGGGGAUGCGGGGAAUGAGAAAGAUAUACAUCCACAUCCACAUUCACGUCAAGAUCCCGUUCAGGCUCCUGUAGCACCAACACUCCUUCCCUCCUACGCCUCCGUUCGCCGGGACUCGCCUAAUUCCCUGCGCGAUCUGCUCGAUGCAAUUGAGCCGCCGCAGGAGCCGGCGCCGGCUUCCCCGUUUCUUUCGUCUGCGUCUACAUCUGCGUCGCGGAAUGCGAAUGCCAGUCCCGGCAGCAGUAGCGGCAGCAGCAGAACCAGUCCCCGUCCUGAAGCUAAUGCUUCGCCCGGCGCAAAAGUCGAGCUGAAAGUGAAGCAGCUGGCUGGGUCGGGUACGGGUGUCAUGAUGGGUAACCAGAAGAUCAUGCAUAUCUCGCGACACAAUACGAUGGACUACAGUAGAUCCAAAGUGAAGUUGAGGCCGAGGUGGGAGGUUGAGGUAUCCGAGGGAGUUGAUUUGUUAUUGGCAGUGAAUAUCGUGCUGAUUAUGGCUGAGACUGUGUCGUCUCAGAACAGAUGGAAGUAA